AUGACUUACAAUCCAGGUGUAUCCUUCUUUAUCCCAUUCCACGAACUUGAUCCCUCAAGGGAAAGUCAGUGCAUAUAUUUUACCCAAAAGGGCGCAAGAUGCCAGUGGCCUUGCCAAGAGAGCGACAACAGGCAGGCGAUCGUACUCCAUGAAACUAUUCAUGCAAUCUCAAUUGAGGCUGUCAGUCUCGAUCUACUCGAGGAGUAUGUCUUGUGCAAUUGCUGCAGAUCAGGUCGUGCUCAGCAUCGAAAUCGCAUAGAAGACAUUGGUCUUUUGACACCACUGGCCCUGCGAUGGCAAGAUGAGAUUCGGAGAAACGCUGCCGACCAAUUCAAUCAUACAACCCCUAGCCCAGCACCUCAGGAGAAUAUCUUCACCCCAUAUACUUACACCACCCCAGCUACACCACUUCCCAGUCACACAACACCAUUCUACACCCCUACUGCUUGGCCAUCAUACUACCAAGGCAACGUCUCCACCUCCUUUAGUAUUAAUUCAACACCCUGCAAACCUGUCAAGAGCUCAUCAUGCUACCAAUAUGGCCGGGAUCUUCAACCCCUACUGAAUUCGCAUUUCAAUCCUUCCGAAGCCAACCGCUACGAUCUCCGCCCUCGCGAAGCCGAUGUCUCCACCAAUUCCACCUCCGCUAGACCCAUGUCUAUCCACCGGCGUCAGUUAUCAGAAUUCCGUCCCCACAAAGAAUACCCCCUUCACAGCGACUCCGUCUCCCGGAAAAUCCUCGAUCCCCUUGAAGACCGCGACUUCGAGACCGGCUCGCUCUAUAUCUUCAAUCGGGCCUCUUCUCCGGGCCAUGUCAAAAUCGGCUGGACCGCAAACUCCAUCUCGCGCCGUCUUGAAGAUUGGUCGAAAUGUGGAUACAAUCCGAACCUAGUGUCUAGCGUGCGCUAUGUCCCGCAUGCCCAGCGAGUUGAGACCCUCACGCACCACGAGCUGAUUAAUGAAUGGCGCCGGGAGCGGAUGUGCCAGGCCCCAUGGUGUCGAAAGAGUCAUCAGGAGUGGUUCGAGAUUAGCGAAGAACGAGCGGCGCAGGUGCUGAGUGAUUGGGCGGACUUUAUGAAAAAAGCUGCGCCAUAUGAUUCGGAGGGGUGGUUGAAAAAUUGGUGCAGGGAAGUUGUAGACAUGAUGGACAGGAAUGGGGAGGUAGUCACUGCUAAAAAGUUGUUGGAGCACUACGAACAGUCUUUGCUUGGGGAGGCGACACUCGUUGAGGAGCCGGUGGACCUGGGACAUGCGCCGAAGAUUGAGGAUGUGGUGGGCUUUGGAUUUGUACCGAAGGUAGGACGUCUGGAGACCACGGUGCGUUUGCUACCAAUUGAGGAGCCAGCAUCGCCCAAAGAGAGCGCACCGCUCAAGAAUGAGGCACUGCCUAAACAAAUCCCGCCGGUGGAAAUUCCUUCUUUCACAGCGGAGAAACAGCCCAAGAGCGACCAACUGUUCAAGACAAAGCCGUUACCGAAGACCGAACCACUCUUUAAAACCGAAUCACUCCUAAAAACGGAACCAUCCUCUAGAACCGAAUCACUCUUCAAGACCGGACCACUCUUCAAGACCGGACCACUCUUCAAGACCGAACCACUGUUUAAGACUGGACCACUCUUUAAGAACGAACCGCCCUCUAAGAAUGAGCCACUGUCCAUAACGGAGCUACUGUCUCAGACCCAUCUACAGUAUAAGAACAAGCCGCCGUGUGAGAAACCGCCUCCAGCGAAAACGACGUUGUUCAACAUCGCACCACUACCCAAGACACAAUUCCUGUUCACAGCGCAGCCACCGUUCAAAAUCGAACCAUUGACGAAGACCGGGCCACUGUUUAAGGCGGAGUCACUGUUUAGGAUAGAGCCACUACCCAAGAGCAAACCGGCAUGCGAAGAAGUAUCGGCACCGCAGUUAGCACUAGUCAAGGUGCUAUUGCCCGAGCAGAUCCCGCUGCCUCCUUCACCACUCCUCCAACCUACAACCUUCCCUCAAGACACAUUUUCCUCACACGAGACAAAUUCAAGCCCAAGGACUAGAACCAAGGACACCAAUGCGAUAGAUAUCAUUACCAACUCUGACACUGAUAUUACCUCAUCGAACCCCAAGGUCAACCCAUCGGUCUCCCCAUCGGUCUCACCCUCAGCUAUUCCCAGUAAAGACAUUGCUCCACCGACGAACACCCAUACCAGCACGGACACCGGCACAGACACCGGCACGGACACCGGCACGAGCACCAAAUCCCCACCUCUCAACUUACCAGACCCUUCUUCCGAGCCCAGUCCAUUAGAAUCGUCAGCCACAUCUGCCUCUCCCAGACCCAAAGCCGAGCCGGCACCUGAUUCCCCAGCGCCCGCCGUAACGGAGAUGGCGGAGACGUUGCUCGCCCUAAGCACGGACGAGCAAGAGAAACUGGCGGAGACACUUACUUCAAUCACGCAGCAUCAGCACAAUGCUGGAGAGGACAGACAGGCGGAGUCUGAGGGUGAGCUUCUCGGGUGUGACGGACAGCCUGGUGAGGAGGAGAUUGAGUCUCACGGUCAAGAUGAAAGCACAGCAACGGAGGAGAAAUCUGGGAUAGCGGAUGGGUGGGAUGAAGAAGCAACGCUAGUAGAAGACCAGACUUCAAGAUCUUUGGAGACGGCGGCUUUGAAGAAUGUUGAUGGGCUUUUUAACGAUGUUUCUACCGGGAGGGCGGAUGGCGUUUUGAAAGGUUUGGAUGGACUGAAGGUGUUGGAGAGCGAAGCGUUGCCGCUUGGCAAGGUUGUUGCGUAA